AUGAUCCCAAAGAUAACGCUCCAUACGUUGAAAAUUACUGCUUUGGCUUAUAACACAGGAAAAGUGCGUUUUCUGUCUACAGGGAUGCAGAAAGGGUCAGAUUUAUUUUUUAGACAGUUGUUCGACACAGUGAGCAGUACAUAUACUUAUUUACUGGGAGAUAUGAAUUCAAGAGAGGCCGUGCUAAUAGAUCCAGUGUUAGAACAUGCAGAGAGAGAUGCAACAUUAAUCAAAGAGCUGGGUUUUGAUUUGAUUUAUGCAAUGAACACUCAUAUGCAUGCAGACCAUAUAACUGGCACGGGAAAACUGAAAUCUCUUAUUCCCAGUACAAAAAGUGUAAUAGGAAAGGCUUCUGGCGCUAAGGCUGAUUUGCACUUAGUCGAUGGAGAUAUGAUAUGCUUUGGCUCCCAACAGCUCUUAGCAUCAGCUACGCCUGGACAUACAAAUGGUUGUUUAACAUAUAUUUGUCAUGAACAAGGUAUAGCAUUUACAGGAGACACGCUGUUAAUAAGAGGUUGUGGUCGGACAGAUUUUCAGGAAGGUUCAUCAGAGACGUUAUACAAUUCAGUGCAUAGCAGAAUAUUUACUUUGCCAGAUUUCUAUACAUUGUAUCCGGCACACGAUUAUAAAGGACAAACUGCGACGACGGUUGGUGAAGAAAAGAAAUAUAACCCGAGAUUGACUAAAUCUUUAAAAGAGUUUAUUGAAAUCAUGGAUAAUUUAAACCUGCCGUAUCCUAAAAUGAUUGAUAAAGCUGUACCAGCGAAUAGAGUUUGUGGAUUAUAC